AAUUGAACUGAACUAAAUAGCUUGUAACGAAGCAGUUAGGUCCUUAACAUACACUAACCUCUUCUUCCUCCUCUAUGGUUGAUGCCUUUAUCAUUUUUCCACUUCAGAGACUCAUUUGCGAGGGCCAGGAUAGCCUGCAGCUGCAGAUUCGUUAGCAACGCUGCACCACACCCAAAAUUUGCUUCUCUUCACAAUGCCCCAUUCAACCUACCUCAUUCAAUCUUCUCCUCACUUUUGCAUCAAUUCUCCAAAACUCCUAUCCAUGUCAAGUCCAUUCACGCACAGAUUGUUAAGAAUUGUGUUUCAACCGAAAACUUUCUGGCUGCAAAACUCAUCAGGGUCUACUCUGAUUUGGGUUUUCUUAGCCUUGCCCGUAAGGUGUUUGAUCAAUGUUCUCACUUGGAAACCACUGUUUGCAAUGCCAUGAUGGCUGGUUUACUGAGAAACCAGCAACACUUGGAGGUUCCCAAGUUGUUUAAAAUGAUGGUGGGGUCUUGUGAUGUUGAAAUUGAUACUUACACAUGUAUGUUUGCGCUCAAGGCUUGCACUUGCUUGUUGGAUAAGGAGAUUGGUAUGGAAGUUGUUGGGACAGCUGUUGGGAGGGGAUUCCAUUUGCAUCCCUAUGUUGGCAGUUCGGUGAUUAAUUUUUUGGUGAAAUGUGGUAAUCUUGAUGAUGCGCAAAGGGUCUUUGAUGGGAUGCAUGAAAGGGACGUUGUCUGCUGGAAUUCAAUCAUUGGGGGUUAUGUGCAGGAGUGCCUCUUCAAGGAGGCAAUUCAAAUGUUCUUUGAGAUGAUUGGUUGUGGGAUAAGGCCGAGUUGUGUGACAUUGGCAAGCUUCCUCAAAACGUGUGGAGAAAGUGGGUUUAAAAAGCUUGGAACUUGUGCUCAUGGAUUUGUCCUUGCAUUAGGCAUGGGCAAUGAUGUGUUUGUGCUCACUUCAUUAGUUGAUAUGUAUAGUAAUUUGGGUGACACUGACAAUGCUUCUUUGGUUUUUGAUAGCAUGUGCAGUAGAAGUUUGAUUUCAUGGAAUGCUAUGAUUUCAGGAUAUGUUCAAAAUGGUAUGAUACUUGAAGCCUUUGCUCUUUUUCAAAGACUAGUCCAAAAUGGUUCUGGUUUUGAUUCUGGAACCUUGGUGAGCCUAAUUCGGGGAUGUUCUCAAACAUCUGACUUGGAAAAUGGAAAAAUCCUCCAUGCUUGUGUCAUUAGAAAAGGGCUUGAAUCAAAUCUAGUUUUGUCCACUGCAAUUGUUGACAUGUAUUCUAAAUGUGGUGCCACAAAGCAAGCAACUAUUGUUUUUGGAAGAAUGGAAAAAAAAAAUGUAAUUACAUGGACAGCUAUGCUUGUGGGUUUAUCCCAAAAUGGCUAUGCUGAGGAUGCCCUGAAAUUAUUUUGUCAAAUGCAAGAAGAAAAUGUGGCUGCCAAUUCUGUCACUCUUGUUAGUCUUGUGCACUGUUGUGCUCACCUAGGAUCUCUCAAGAAAGGAAGGAGUGUCCAUGCUCAUUUGAUCCGACAUGGUUAUGCAUUUGACGCAGUUAAUAUGUCAGCCUUGAUUGACAUGUAUGCCAAGUGUGGUAAAAUUCACUCUGCUGAGAAGUUAUUCAAUAAUGGAUUCCAUCUAAAAGAUGUUAUACUCUGUAACUCCAUGAUUACAGGUUAUGGAAUGCACGGUCAUGGACAUCGUGCUCUUGGUGUCUAUGAUAGAAUGAUAGGGGAAAGACUCAAGCCAAAUCAAACAACAUUUGUUUCUCUGCUAACAGCAUGCAGUCACUCAGGCCUUGUUGAAGAGGGUAAGACUUUGUUCCACUGUAUGGAAAAGGAUCAUAACAUUAAGCCUAUGGACAAACACUAUGCUUGUCUUGUGGAUCUCCUUAGUCGAGCAGGCCGUCUUGAAGAAGCAGAUGCAUUGGUUAAACAAAUGCCGUUUCCACCUAGCACAGAUGUGCUUGAAGCUUUGCUCAGUGGUUGCAAAACCCAUAAAAAUAUUAACAUGGGGAUACAAAUUGCAGAUAGAUUAAUUUCCUUAGAUUACUUGAACUCUGGAAUUUAUGUCAUGUUAUCAAAUAUAUAUGCUGAAGCAAGAAGGUGGGAGUCAGUGAACUACAUACGAGGCCUCAUGAGGAUGCGGGGCCUGAAGAAAACACCUGGUUAUAGUUUGAUUGUAGUUGGUAACAAUUUAUACACAUUUUUUGCCAGUGAUGAUUCACACCCUCGUUGGGCAGAUAUUUAUCAAUUGUUAGAAAAUUUGAGGCUUGAGGUGGAGGCUUCUGGUUAUGUUCCUGAUACUAGUAGUGUUCUUCGUGAUGUAGAUGAGGCAAUGAAGGUUAAGUUGCUCUGGGGUCAUAGUGAGAGACUAGCUAUUGCAUUUGGUCUUUUAAGCACCCCAUAUGGAAGCUUGAUUAGGAUCACCAAGAAUCUUCGUGUAUGUGUUGACUGUCAUUCUGUUACCAAGUACAUAUCAAAAAUAGUUCAGAGAGAAAUUAUUGUGAGAGAUGCUAAUCGUUUCCAUCACUUUGUUGAUGGCAAGUGCUCAUGUAAUGAUUAUUGGUAAUGAGGACGUGCUGAGAAGCUAUGCACAAGUAGCAAAAGCUAACUUAUUGAGGACAUCAAUGGACGUGGCUAAAGUCACAUGAUUGGUACCCAUGUAUUAAUUUGGUAUAUUGAUGAUACGCUCACGGAAGAAAAAUAUGUAAUUUUUCAUAAAAUAUUAAUAAACAAUAAAAUUUUGUUAAAAGUUAUAACUUUUAAUGUUAUGACGUGAUUUUUUAUGUAUUAAAAUUCUAGAAUUUUUGUAAAAUUUUAUUAUAUAAAUUUGCAUUAUGCAU